CAGCUGAUAGCGGAGCUGGAGAGCAAGNUUCCCGUCGCGCAGCCCCGCCCGGGCCCGGACCCGCCUUUCAGCUUCGACGCCAACCGGCAGCAGCGGCAGCUGAUAGCGGAGCUGGAGAGCAAGAACAGGGAGAUCCUGCAGGAGAUCCAGCGGCUGCGCCUGGAGCAUGAGCAGGCCUCGCAGCCCACGCCCGAGAAGGCGCAGCAGAACCCGACCCUGCUGGCCGAGCUGCGCCUGCUGCGGCAGAGGAAGGAUGAGCUGGAGCAGAGGAUGUCGGCCCUGCAGGAGAGCAGGAGGGAGCUGAUGGUGCAGCUGGAGGGGCUGAUGAAGCUGCUCAAAGAAGAAGAGCAGAAGCAGGCAGCGCAGGCCGCGGGCUCGGCGCAGCCCUCGCCCACGCACGGCCGCCCCGCCGUGCCCGCGCGCUCGGCCUCGGCCGGCUCCACGCCCACGCACGGUGCCCCCGACGCGCCCGCCGGACCCGGGGCCGACGCGCUCGAGCCCUUCGGACAAGGUACGAGGAGGAACCUCCGCAACGACCUGCUGGUGGCAGCUGACUCCAUCACCAACACCAUGUCCUCGCUGGUGAAGGAGCUGCACUCAGCAGAGGAAGAAGAUGAAGAAGAAACAGAGAAGCUGCAGAACGGGAAGGACCGAGGUUAGGAGGGGCCGCAGGCUGGGCAGCAGCUCAGGCUCGGAGGUUGCUCUUGCCAUCGAGGGACGUCUCCCCCCUCAGAAGAGGCAGUUCCAGCCCAUCCAUCACCAUUGUGCAACUGUGACCGAUCUCCACCGCCUGCUGCCGCCGCAGCCCCCGACGGCAGCGGGAGCUGCCCCGGACCUCGGCGGCCGCUGCCCCUCGGGCCAUUGCAUGUCCCCUCGGUGUGCUUCGUGACGGCGACCAGACCCGUCCCGCCCGGCUCAGCCGCUCACGGGAGGCUGAACAAACAAAAAAUCACCUGAAAGGAC